AUGCCCUCCCCUUUGGCUCAGAGUCUUUCUGGAGGUAGAGAAGAGGCAAGAUGGGAGGAAUACGAAGACAGGGAUCGUCAACCAGGCAGCUCUCGCCGUGAUGAUAACAGGUAUCACGACAGAGAUAGAGAUAGAGACCGAGAUCGAGAUCGAAGAUAUAACGAUGACGGAAAGCGAUCUACUCAGGCAGACAGCUCCAGGAGAAAGGAGAGGAAGCGGGAUAGGAGCCGAAGUAGAGAAUAUCACAGCGACCGCGAGAAACGUAAAGACAAAAGUGACCGAAGGGACAAGCGAAGGGAUAGAAGUAGAAGCAAGUCUCGGGAUGGUGAUGAACAGCGUCGACAUCGAGAGAAGGGCAAAAGCAAAAGGGAACAUAAACGAGAUUCAAAAAGUCCUGAUGAUAUCGCUGCAGCUAAAACAAGACGUAAAGAAGUUCGAGCGACGGCCAAAGCUACCGCUAGAAGAGAAACAGAACUCGAACAAUCACGAGCUCUUGCAGAAUUAUCAAUGUAUUCCGCUCAAGAUAAUCCCUUCCACGAUGCUAACCUCGGUGAGAGAUUCGAAUGGCAUAAGAAACGUGAAAAAGAGAAAAAAGCUGGUCUCACAGCAGAGGAGAUUGCAAGGAAAGAUGCUAGAAGGAGACAGGAGGCUAAGGAAGAAUUGGAAAAGCUGAAUAAACGUAGAGCUGAGAGAGAGGUAGAGAUGGCUUUGAGGGAAGAAGAAGAAGCAAAGAUGAAACGUUUAGCAGAAGAUGCUCAAAUGGCAGAAUGGAUCGCCAAAGAAGAUGAUUUUCAAUUAGAACAAGCGAGAAGAAGAGCUGGUAUACGGUUAAGAGAACAACGUGCAAAAGCUAUAGAUUUCUUAGCUAUCAAUUUAAGAUUCGCAGAUGCUCAAGCCAUUGGGAAACAUACGGCUGCCAUUGGGGCGUUGACCAAUCCCAGGAAGGGUGAGGUUGAGAGGGAAGAAGAAGAAGAAGGAUGGGGUUGGGCAGAUGCAGGUUUCGAAUUUGAGAUUGAUGAACCUUGGAAGAUAUUUGAGAAUUUGACUCUGGAAGAUUGUAUCGAGUUGGAACAGGAUAUCAAGAUGUAUUUGUCAUUGGAGAAAUUCCCCAUCAAUGUCGAGUUUUGGGAGGCCAUGUUGGACGUCUGUACCAGUCAUUUAGAAGAUCUAAGAGAUCCAGAUCAUGCGGAAGGAGGACGUUUCUUUGAUCGUCAAGUUCAUGAAGCCGCUGGGAAGAUUGUAGGAGGUUUGAGUCUACAGCGAUUGACAGAGUUGGAAAGUAAGACCAACGCGAUGCUUCGAAGUGGUCAGCCUGUAGAUGGAGAAUUCUGGGAUUUAGUCUUGAAGAAGAUUCAUUUGGAAAAGGCUAUCGCGAAAUUGAACGCCAUACACGAAGUAGUCCUCAAGAACAGACUGGAACAAUUCAAACGACGUCAAAGAGAAGAAGCUCUCAAGAAUCAAAAUCAAGGUCAAAUCAUUACCCAAAAACCCGACGUAAACUUCGGAGGGGACAUGCGAGCAGAGGCGGGUAGUGAAGGGGAAGAAGAGAUGGAUGAUGAAGCUGAAGAGGAAGAUCAUAUCGAGGAAUAUAGUCGAGGCAUGUCGCCAGAAUUUGUAGAUUUACAAUCAUUAUCGGCUGACGAUCGACGAUUACCUAUCAUUGAUGAAGUGGAUGAUCAGCGAGCUAUCUUCGCCGCCCGUCGAGCGCUGGUCUCCUCGACAUUCGCAGCUAAACCUUCCCGAGAUGACGCUCCGGAAGGUAUAACCCAAAAGACAGUCUCACGUCCUUCCGCAGCGGACAUCGAAGCCGAAGCGUUCUAUAGAGCCGAAGCAGAACGUGAGAGACAAGAUCUAGGGUCUGAUGAGAGCGAAGAGGAAUUUGGGGAUUUGGACGAGACUUUGGAUGAACCAGUGGUUAAGGGUACAUAUGAUUGGGGUGAUAGGUUCAGACCACGUAAACCUAGGUUUUUCAAUCGGGUGCAUACUGGGUUUGAGUGGACCAAGUAUAAUCAAACGCAUUAUGAUACGGAUAACCCACCACCAAAGGUAGUUCAAGGAUAUAAAUUCAAUAUAUUCUAUCCCGACCUCAUAGACAAAACCAAAGCUCCUACUUACCGUACCGCUCCAAUACCCGACGACCCCGAAACAGAGAUGAUCAUCUUUUCCGCUGGACCGCCAUACGAAGAUAUCGCGUUCCGAAUAGUGAAACGCCAAUGGGAAUUUUCUCACCGGAGAGGUUUCAGAUGUUUGUUCGAUAGGGGUGUUUUGCAAUUAUAUUUUACCUUUUCGAGGACAUGGUAUCAUAGUUAG